AAAUAUGAUUUUCAAAAGACAAGUUGCUGUCUAAUAUAACACCCAGAUUUCUGACUGUAGAGGAAGUAACAGUACAUCCGUCUAGUUGCAGAUUGUAAUCUACAAGAUUCUGUGUAGUGUUUUUUGGUCCAAUAAUUAGUAUCUCUGUCUUAUCCGAAUUUAAUUGGAGAAAAUUGUGUGUCAUCUAAUCUUUUGCAUUUUUAACACACUCUGUUAGCUUAGAUAAUUGGGAAGUUUCAUCUGGUCUCAUUGAGAUAUAUAGCUGAGUAUCAUCAGCAUAACAGUGGAAGCUAAUUCCGUAUUUUCUAAUAAUAUUACCAAGGGGCAACAUAUAUAUUGAAAAUAGAAGGGGACCUAGGACGGAUCCUUGUGGCACUCCAUAUUUUACUGAUGAUAAAUGAGAUGACUCCCCAUUUAAGUAAACAAAAUGGUAGCGAUCGGACAGGUAGGAUCUAAACCAUCUUAGAGCCUGCCCUUGAAUACCUGUAUAGUUUUGUAAUCGAUCUAUGAGUAUGUCUAUGGUGUCGAACGCAGCACUAAGAUCAAGUAAGACUAGAAAGGUCCAGUUGGUUGCCUGAUUUGUGAGUAGCAGUAGUUGACACUCGGUUAAGAUCAAAAGAGGCAAGCAGAGAGUGGAAAUCAGCAAACAGAGGUUUAUCUAGAUGGAUGUUGAAAUCUCCAAGCAUAACUAGGGGAGUACUAUCCUCAGAAAAGGUUGAGAGCAACACAUCUAAUUCAUCCAAAAAGUUACCCAGUGGUCCAAGCGUUUAGCAUUUAAUACUAAGUGGAAAAGCGUUUGGUCUCGUACUCUAUCGCAUACGUUGUCAGUGUUGUGCACUUGCUUAGUCCUUUGUUGUGAAAAACAGUAAAGUGCGUUCAAGCGCCAGCCAAGAGAGUGUAAAGAAAUACCCUUUGUAAGAAGCAGUUAAAUCAGCGGUAGUUAAAAGCAGAUCUAUACCGCGGCAGCCCUCCAGUUAAGCCCUCCUCGUGUGAAGACCGAAGAGUGUAAAGACGAUCGACUCUACCAUGCGACUCCCCCGGGCAGGGACACCGACAGGGGAUAUAAGUAUUGUUUUGAUUAACCUCUUUUUCCUUCUUCUUGUUUAAUUUCUGUUUCAGUUUUUUGUUUAUAACCAAUUCUCACUAUGUAUUUCCAGAUCCCUACUAUCAUUACCACUCGUAAACCAUGCAUCACUCAAUGUAGACAGCGCAAUCUUACCAACCUGCACACUUUGCCUAUGUCUGCUAAUACACUACUUUCUUUUUCUAUUGGUCUCUGGAAUUGCCAGUCUGCUGUAAACAAAGACGAUUUCAUUACUUCUAUUAUUAGUCAUUCAAAGCUUCAUCUCAUGGCCCUAACAGAGACCUGGAUCAAACCAGAGGACACUGCUACACCUGCAGCACUGUCCAAUAAUUUCUCAUUUUCCCACUCCCCCCGUUUGACUGGAAGAGGUGGAGGUACUGGUCUGCUCAUCUCUAAUGAUUGGAAAUUUAAUCCUUUACCAUCUUUGGGUAUCAACAGCUCCUUUGAAUCUCAUUCAGUUACUGUUACCUACCCUUUUAAAAUACAUUUUGUAGUUAGCAUUUCCAUUUAGUUUGUUAAAGUAUUGAAAUAAAACAAAAACUUAAAUAAAGACAACUUAAUAAAAUAAAACUUAAUAAAGACAACCUGGUCCCUCUAUACAGACAUAAUAAAAGACCUAUACAGACAUAAUAAAUUCAGACAUAAUUUAACUAAAAUUCAAAUAAAUAACAAAACAAAUAAUACAAAUUAAACGACAGUAGUUUAUCAGUAAUCCUAAAAAUAACACACAUGCUAAUAAACAUUGAAAUAGUAAGAAAUGGUUAUAAAAACUGUUAUAUAAAAUGGUUAUAAAAAAAAUCAUCUACAUUUUUCAUCAAGCAAUUUGCAUAUAAAGAAUUGCAUAUAAAGGCCAGAGUGAUAUGUGGGCUCUAGUUCAUUCAGAAUUAAUCAACCUGCUUCUUUUUGCUGAUAUUUUUUAUUCGGUGUCUUAUGUUGUUUUAUCAAAUAGGGAUACAAAAUAUUAUACUUUAAGAAACGAAACAAACAAACAAAACUUGAGGGGAGGAGAAUCAGCCCCUCGGGGGCAGUAAUGAGCGCUCAAUGCAUUUAGUAAAGUUAAAAGAAGAAGACGAAUGUCCUCUGCUGCGGAGAUCUCAAACAUGGGCUCGAAAGUUACACGCAUGAUCAGAAACUUUAAUGUAGAAAAUCGCGCUCUCCGGGAAAUAAGCAAGGCAAAACCUAAAGCUGCGCCACGACAUCCGUCAUCGAGCAAUUUUACACAAGAAGACAUUCCUGCCACCAGCAUUUCAGAAGAGAUUCGCCAGAGGAAUGAUCCACUGCUGUCAAUGCUCAAGGACGUUUAUGUGGAGUCUAAAGAUCCUGUUUCUCAGGCUGAAGCAGUUCCGGUGGUUAAGAAGAUCAAGCAGGAGAUGCCACGCAGGGAGCUAAAGUACAGUCUGCCGGGAGACUCCUAUGGUUUCCUCGACGUCACUGAUGUUCCCAAAGGCAAACUGUCGCUUGUGGAAGCUUUAACUGCCCUGAACAAUCACAAACGCAUGCCUAAAAUAUGGACUCCAGAGAAGCUGGCACAGGAGUACUCUUUGGACCUAAAAGAUGCCAAAGCGCUGACCGAUUUCUUUUUUCCUUUUGAUGUCAAAAUCAUUCCACCCCAAACAGAGAAGACUAAGCAGAUUCAGGAUUCUUCGCACAUAUGAACACCCGAGCCGUCUCUGAAACACGCACAGCAUCGGAAUGCAAUGUUUUGACAUGUUGAUUGUAGUGUGUUUGUAUUAUUUGUUUUUGAAGGGCCUGUCAUAACUUAUUUAUUAAUUUGUUAUUUUAUUGAGACGUUAACCAAGAUAAGGUAAUAUAAACAUUAAUGGACUAGAGAGGAAAUCUUAUGUCAAAUCAGAUCCAUUUCUAGUGUAAAACAUCAGUACAUAUUAUAAUUCUCAGGACUCAGAAAUGCUGCAUUAUAUUUGUUUGAACUGCUGCUUCUGGCAAUGCAUCUGUAUUCACUGACAAUAAAUCAGUUGCCCAUGCAUUUUGA